AUGUCCACGGUAGACAGUUUUUCCGUAGUCAAUGGCUGGUCGUACCCCAGCACAGCAUUCAUCGAAUGGAUAUUGCUCCAAAGAAGCUCCUCCUCCGGUAGAGACGUGGGAAAGCUUGUCUGCUCCGCCGAACUUCUUGGCAACGGUGGCAGUGUCACCACCACCAAUGAUGACGGUGUUGCCGGCUUGUGCGCUCUUAACACAGGCUUCAAGCAUACCCUUGGUACCCUUGGAGAAAGCCUCAAACUCAAACACACCAGGAGGUCCGUUCCAGACGAUGGUCUUGGCCUUGGCAAUGGCGUCGGCGUACAACUUGGCGGACUUCUCGCCGUUGUCCAGACCUUGCAAGUCGUCGGCGAUUCCUUCCUCCAAAGUGGCGUAACCGACCUUGGCAUCUGGCGAGAAGUCGUCAGCAGUGACGAAAUCAACAGGCAAAAUGAUCUCGACGUUGUUCUUCUUAGCCUUCUCAACCAACUUUGGAACGAUCUCAGCACCCUCCUUGUCAAACAACGACUUACCAAUGUUCAUUUUGUUGAUGAUCUUGUUGAAGGUGAAGGCCAUACCACCACCAAUGAUCAAGAUAUCGACCUUCUCAAGCAGGUUGUCAAUCAAUUGGAUCUUGUCAGACACCUUGGCACCUCCCAAGAUAGCCAGGAAUGGUCUGACUGGGUUCUCCAAAGCCUUGGAGAAGCCUUGACCUUGCCCUCGGAAGUCUUCUUAGAACCUUCCUCCUCGAUGUGGAAUCUCAAGUUCUCCAAAAGGAACACCUCUCCGUCAGAAGCACCGUUGACAGCAGACUCCACUUCUGGCCCAACAGAGUCCUUCAAGAAAUUCACCUUUUGGCCCAAAAGGGACUCCAAUUCGGUGGCAACAGGCUUCAAGGUAUAUUUGAGGUUGACUUCUCCGUUUGGUCUGCCCAAAUGCGAAGCAAGAACAACCGCCUUUGGCUUGUGA